CGGUGCUCUUUUUUUUUUUGCUGUGUUCUAUUUGCAUAAUUUUUCUUCGCACAAAAACUACUUUUUUUUUUCUUCUGUUUUGUUAAUAUUUCAAGUUUGCUUAUCGACGCCAAAUGCAAACAAAAUCAUCAUCAUCAUCGCUUUCUUCUUGUUCAGCCACAAUUUCGUUGUGUUUGUUUAGUAAUUUUUUGUUAAAUUGAAAGUUUUUUUCUUCUCUGCAAAAAAAAGCCCCUGAAUUUUGCAAAUAAACGAAAAAGAGAAUCCAAUCCGGUUGGGAUCUUUACACGGUUGAUAGCGCACCGCCAGAAUUUUUUCUUUUUUUUUUGCUCCACCAUCUCCAUCCUUUCUUCUCUCUGGUUCGAAUGUGUGUAAGGAAUGUACCUUUUUCGUGGUUUUGUUUUAAUCUAAAACGAAUCUUGUAAAUACAUAAUUGCCAAUCCAUCAAUUCGAUGUGGAAUCUAUAAAUACAGCUAAAAAGUUUAGCUAAAAUCCAGUUUGCACUCAUUUCGACUUAAAAAAAAAAAAAAACAAAACAAAAAUUAAUAAUUACCACAAACCAAGAAAAACGGAUAACCAAUCAAAGAAUUGCUUAUCAUCUGGGGAAUCUAGGACAUGUAAAGGAUCUUUAAAGAAAAGAGGGAUACGGUUUGCACUUAAAAUGGCUCUCGCGGUAUCUCUGCGUAGAGCGCUACUAAUGCUGCUCACUGCAACAGUAUUUAUAUUGGUUGUAUUAUAUUGGAAUCAAGGUGCUUUAAAACAUCAAUCGUUCAUCAGUACAUUCGAAAAGUCCAUCAAAAACCGAGCCGAAAUGAAUAUGUACACCAUACCAUCCGAAAAAACAUGGACGUACAAAUGUGAAGGUGACAAAUGUGUCCGAUAUCAUUAUCUCACCGAAUCACCCAAUGAAAAGAGAGUUCCCUUCCUUAACUGUGCAAUGACUUGUGGCGACAUUAAUAUCUGGCCACAUCCAACCAUCAAAUCAGCAGUUACUUCAAAAUCCUUGAAGUUUACUUCCGAAGACAUAACAAUCACCAUAGACACUCCAUUCCGUAAUGUCGACACAUUAUUUCGCAGUUCAUUUGAUCUAUUUAUCAAUGAUUUGAGGCACAUUCAAAAACUAAGCCCUAGAGAUGGCGUUGGCGGCAGUAGUGUUAAUAGUGUAGUUAGUAAUAAAAAUAGCAACACAAAUAGUUUAAGUAAUGAACAGACAACCCAUGAGCAUAGAAAUAGUUUUGUACCUAAACAAAACCGCGCAAACUGUGAUAUUGAUAGCUUUGUAGUCGAGGUGACUAUUAAAAAGUCUGGAGACACAAAUUUAGGAUUCGAAACUGAUGAAAGUUACAAUAUAACAACAUUGUAUGACCAACGAAAGUUAACUGCCAAAAUAAAUGCCAAUUCAUUUUUUGGAGCCCGUCAUGGUCUAUCGACAUUGCAACAAAUGAUUUGGUUCGAUAAUGAAGACAAUAUUCUAAGAAUACUUUCCAAAUCAUUAAUUAUUGAUGCACCAAAGUUUCGGUAUCGUGGAGUCAUGUUGGAUACGUCGAGACAUUAUUUUUCUGUAGAGUCAAUAAAACGUACUCUGUCAGCAAUGUCUCUUGUAAAACUGAAUCGAUUUCACUGGCAUAUUACUGAUUCACAGAGUUUUCCUUUUGUUUCGAAAUUUUAUCCAGAAUUGGCUGCACAUGGAGCUUAUUCAGAACGUGAAACCUAUACAGAUGAAGAUAUAAAAGAAAUAUCAACAUAUGCAAAGCUAAGGGGAAUUCAGGUUAUACCUGAAAUAGACGCACCAGCUCAUGCUGGUAACGGUUGGGAUUGGGGACCCAAACGAGGACUUGGUGAACUGAGUCUCUGUAUCAAUCAGCAGCCCUGGAGUUUCUACUGUGGUGAACCACCCUGCGGCCAACUGAAUCCCAAAAACAACAAUACAUAUCUCAUUCUACAAAAGCUCUAUGAAGAGCUACUAAAUCUCACCGGUCCAACUGACUACUUUCACCUGGGUGGCGAUGAAGUCAACUUAGAGUGCUGGGGCCAGUAUUUCAAUGACACCGAUUUACGUGAAAUGUGGUGUGACUUUAUGCUUCAAGCUUUAGGACGUCUGAAAAUAGCCAACAAUAAUUCCCUGCCGAAAUGGGUGUCGGUUUGGUCCAGUGGCUUGACAAACACCAAAUGUCUAUCUAAAACACAAUUUGCCGUACAAGUUUGGGGUGGAAGUACAUGGCAGGAAAACUAUGAUCUCAUCGAUAAUGGUUUCAGUUUAAUAUUCUCUCAUGUUGAUGCCUGGUAUUUGGAUUGUGGCUUUGGUAGUUGGAGAGCAACAGGUGAUGCUGCAUGUUCACCAUAUCGGACGUGGCAAAAUGUCUACAAACAUCGACCGUGGGAGAGAAUGCGUUUGGAUAGAUUCAGAAUAAAACAGGUACUCGGUGGUGAGGCUUGUUUAUGGACAGAACAAGUCGAUGAAGAACAAUUGGAUAAUAGGCUGUGGCCAAGAGCAGCUGCCUUGGCAGAAAGGCUCUGGACCGAUCCGGAUGACGAGCACGACAUGGAUGCUGUUCCAAAAGAAGUAUUUGGAAGAAUGUCUGUAUUUCGUAAUCGCUUAGUUGAGUUAGGCAUUAAAGCUGAACCAAUUUUCCCAAAAUAUUGCGCGCAAAAUCCUGGCGAAUGCCUGUGACCUUAUUAAAAAUAAUAAUUUUAAUAAAACUGAAUUGAAAGAAUGAAGAAAAAAAAAAAACACAAAAAAAAAUAAUACGAUUUAAGUAAACCAUUCAUAAAACAAAAAAUAACAAAGUUCAGAAAAGAAAAAUAGUUAAAACAAAUUUAUUUUCUUAACUUAUUUGUGUUAAUUUUGUUUUGUAUGUUACCAAUUUUUGUUUUUAAAUAUAAGAAUUGUAAAAAAAACCACUAAAA